ACCGAAACUGACCACGGCUCGGCUCAGCUCAGUCAGCAGGCAGGAGCAGUGUUUUCUUCCUGUUGGGCUUUGGUUCUCUGUUGCGCCGAGGCAACGAGUGACGGAGGAUUGGCCGAGGAGAGAGCUAGUGAGAGCUGCAAGGAGGCUCAGCUCCCAAGAGAGUGACGAGAGGAGAUAAGUGAAUCAGGGGAGGAAGAUGUGCAUGGACAGAGCUGCCGUGCCGGUGAAGAGGGUCUGGCUCGGCAUCGCCGCGCGCCUCGGCCUCCGGCGAAAAACUGGCCUGAGGAAGCUGAGGAAGGAGGUGCAGACGUGCGAGUACCGCGACGUGCACGUCAUGUGGGAGAUGCUGAGGACCACGGACGCGCCGGUGCCGCUGGCGGAGAAAGAGGCCACCGCGGCCGCGGCCGUCGCAGCGGCUGCCGGCGCCAGGAAGAGGAAGAACGCGUGGAGGCGGUUCAUCUACUACUGCUGCGCGUUCUGAGCGACCGAUCAGCCUGAAGAAUGAACGGUCUAAAUAGCAUUUCUGCUCAUCCUAGCUGGUGAAAAAUCAAGGCCUGCUAGCUUUCUGGUCUCGACAUCUCCUACCUCAGUUCUCGAGCUCGAGUUCGGCUCUAAUAUAUCUCGGCGUCGGCGAGCUUCCAAGGAGCUCAUUCGAGACCGUCCCCCGGCGAAGAUCGAGAGACCGAGCUCCCCGGCGAGGAGUGAGCGAUCGAGGGGCGAGAGAGGAUGUGGUACGUAGGCAGAGGUCGGAAUAAGUGUGUAGAGAGAAAGAGGAUCGCGAGCUGAUCAUCGAGAUGUACAAAAAUAACUUCAAAAAGCUUUUUAGUUUUGAUUUGCGUCUGUGAAAAUUCUCUUCAAAAAAGGGUCUAUCUCAGUGGGAAAAAAUCCAUCUUGUCCGAAAUUUUUAUUUGGUU